GUCCUUAUGUCACUCGGGCCAGUAUAAAAGCCGGUGGCUCGUCCUGUACUUGAACCACAAGACAAGACAAGCUCAAUCGCUCUGCAGAGACGACGCAUGGCCUCGACGACAGCGGCGGUGCCGGAGGUGGCGCUGCGGUCCGGCGGCGCGAGGCCCAUGCCGGCCGUCGGCAUGGGCACCGCCAAGUUCCCGGCGGUGGCGGAGACCACCGUGAAGGCCGUGCUGGAGGCCGUGGAGGUGGGCUACCGCCACUUCGACACGGCCGCCAUGUACGCGACGGAGCGGCCCCUGGGCGAGGCCCUCGCGGAGGCGGUGCGCCGCGGGCUCCUGGCGUCCCGGGAGGAGGUGUUCGUCACGUCCAAGCUCUGGUGCACGCAGUGCCACCCUCAGCUCGUGCUUCGGUCCCUCCGGGAGAGCCUCCAGAACCUGCAGAUGGAGUACGUGGACCUGUACCUGAUCCACUGGCCGAUCAGCCUGAAGCCCGGGCCGGCGGUGUUCCCGGUGAAGCGGGACGACGCCGUCCCGUUCGACUUCGAGGGCGUGUGGCGCGCGAUGGAGGAGUGCCACCGCCUCGGGCUCGCCAAGGCCAUCGGCGUCAGCAACUUCACCACCAGCCACCUCCACAAGCUACUCGCCGCUGCCACCGUCCCUCCUGCAGUCAACCAGGUGGAGAUGAACCCGGUCUGGCAGCAGAGGAAGCUGAGGGGGUACUGCGCGGAGAAGGGCAUCCACGUCGCGGCCUACUCGCCGUUGGGAGGGCAGAAUUGGUCCGGCGACGGAAACGCCGUGCUGGACUCCGAGGUGCUCGCGGAGAUCGCCAGGGCCAGAGGAAAGACCGUCGCACAGGUAGCGCUGAGGUGGAUCUACGAGCAAGGGGUGACCCCGAUCGUCAAGAGCUUCAGCAAGGAGAGGCUCAAGGAGAACCUCGGGAUCUUCGACUGGGGGCUCGCCGACGACGACCUGCGCAAGAUCGGCCAGAUUCCGCAGAAGAAGAUCGUCAAAGCUGCAGGCAUGCUGUUCUCGGCAGAGGGCGAGUUCACGUCGGUUGACCUCGCAGACAUGGAAAUUGUCGAGGAAUAAAAUAGGCACUCAGAAAGUGAAGUACCUGCUUCGCUGUGUGACGUAGUAGUAAAUUACAGUAGUAGCUUACUUUGAGGGUGGGGAUAAAUAAGAGCAUCUGCAAUAGUCUUUAUGAUAGAUUUCUUGAUACAAGGUCCACAUCAGCAGUCAACCGUGUAUCAUACGAGUUCUCUAAUGAAGCAUAUGUUAGUCUGA